CGCACAGCAACGAAGACCCAACACAGCCAAAAAAUAAGAAAUAUAUAAAAAUAAAAUAAAUUUAAAAAAAUAAAAAUAAAACGUUCUCAAUUAACUGCAUCUUCCCUCCUAUCAAGUACCUUUUUGCUCUGCUCCAUUUCAGAGCACGAUGUCCUCUUGCAGGAGAUUGGGGGCACGAGAGAAUGCUCACGUCCCAGAAGAGUUCCUGAGACUGGCUGCCAAGAUCGACCUCUAAAGACUCAUAUUGUCUGAGGAAGAAGCCCAUAAGAGGAGGGAGAGGAAAGAACAGGAGUCAGAAAUGGCUCUUUCUCAGGAACGGUUGGCCUUCGAGGAUGUGGCCAUCAGAUUCUCUCAGGAGGAGUGGGAAUGCCUGGACCCUGCUCAGAGGGCCUUGUACAGGGACGUGAUGCUGGAGACCUACAGGAACCUGCUCUCCCUGGGUAUCUCUCCUACACAUGUUAUCAAGAAAUUACAACCAAAGGAGAACACUAAUUCAACAGAUAUAUUCCAGACAGUGAUUUUGGGAAGACACGAAAGCCAUGAAGUCAAAAGUUUUUACUUAAGGGAAAUCCGAGAAAAUAUGCAUCACUUUGAGUGUCAGUGGAGAGAUGAUGAGAGAAAUUACAAAGGAAUGCCUGUAACCCAUAAUGAAAAUCUCACUGAUAGAAAAGAUCAACAUGGUAGAAGUGAUGCAGGAAACAAGCCUAUUGAAAAUAAGCUUGCAUUAAGCUUUCAGGAUGAACUGCAGAUAUUUCACACUGAAAGGAAAAGUUAUGAAUGUAAUCAAGUUGAGAAGUUCAUCAACAAUAGUUCCUCAAUUUCAGCUCUCCAAAGAAUUACUCCUAGUGUCGGAACCGACACUUCUAAUAUGUAUGGGAAUGAUUUUAUCCAUCCUUCAAUACUGACACAAGACCAUAAAGCACACAGGGAAAAACCUUACAAAUGUAAUGAGUGUGGCAGAGCCUUUAGUAUGUGCUCAAGCCUCACGAACCAUCAAGUAAUCCAUACUGGAGAGAAACCUUACCAAUGUAAUGAAUGUGACAAGGCUUUUUUCCAUAGUUCCAAACUUGUAAAACAUCAAAGAAUUCAUAGUGGAGAGAAACCACACAAAUGUAAUGAAUGUGGUAAAGCUUUUAUCCAAAGUUCAAGCCUGGCUGACCAUCAGAAAAGUCAUGCUGGAGAGAAACCAUACAAGUGUGAUGAAUGUGGCAAAGCCUUUAUUGUGCAUUCAAGCCUAAUCAACCAUCAGGUAGUCCACACUGGAGGGAAACCUUACCCAUGUAAUGAAUGUGGGAAGACUUUCAUCAAACGUUCAAACCUUAGGCUUCAUGAGAGAAUUCAUACUGGAGAGAAGCCAUACAGGUGUAUUGAAUGUGGCAAGGCCUUUAGGCAAUGGUCUGACAUCAGGAUUCACCAAAGAAUUCAUGCUGGAGAGAAGCCUUUCAAAUGUAAUGAGUGCGGCAAAGCCUUUACUCAGGGCUCACACCUCACUAGACAUCAGGUAAUCCAUACAGGAGAGAAACCAUAUAAAUGCGAUGUAUGUGACAAGGUCUUCAGUCAGAAUUCACACCUUGCAAGUCAUCGGAGAAUUCAUACUGGGGAAAAACCAUACAAAUGUAAUGAGUGUGGGAAAGCCUUUAUUGUUCGUUCAAGCCUAACUUACCAUGAGGUAAUUCAUACUGGAGAGAAAUCUUACAAAUGCAAUGAAUGUGGCAAGGCUUUUAUCAAGAGUUCACAUCUUAGGCAUCAUGAGAGGAUUCAUACUGGAGAGAAGCCAUACAGGUGUAUUGAAUGUGGCAAGACUUUUCAGCAAUGGUCUGACAUCACUACUCACCAAAGAAUUCAUGCUAGAGAGAAGCCUUUCAAAUGUAGUGAGUGCAGCAAAGCUUUUACUCAGGGUUCACACCUCACUACACAUCAGAUAAUCCAUACUGGAGAGAAAACAUAUAAAUGCAAUGUAUGUGGUAAGCUCUUCAGUCAAAAUUCACACCUAGCAAAUCAUCGGAGAAUUCAUACUGGAGAGAAACCAUACAAAUGUAAUGAGUGUGGCAAAGUCUUCAGUCAAAAUUCACACCUUGUAAAUCACCAGAGAAUUCAUACUGGAGAGAGACCUUACAAAUGUAAUGAAUGUGGCAAGGCUUUUAGCAGGCGUUCACACCUUAGGCUUCAUGAGAAGAUUCAUACUAGAGAGAAAUCAUACAAAUGUAUUGAGUGUGGCAAAGCCUUUAGACAGUGAUCCUACCUCAGGAUUCACCAAAGAAUUCAUUCUGGAGAGAAACCUUACAAAUGCUGUGAUUGUGGCAAAGCUUUUACUCGGGGCUCACACCUCCAGUCAUCAGAAAAUCCAUACUGGACAGAACCUUACAGAUGUACUGAGUGUUG